AUGAUAUCGAUUCAACAUAUUAAGGAUAAAUAUCGCGAAAAGAUAGACGCUCUUGUCCAGCGUGUUACACAUGCCUUCACUGUAGCUGCCCAUGCAGAAUGUACAAUAGUUUUCAAAAUUCAUCCUGAUUAUGAAAACGUUUAUGUUUAUUCAACAGAUAUCGAUGGAUUUAUUCCAGAUAAUAUUUAUCCUCUUAUUCCACAAAUCUUACCCGAUGAAUUGCAUCAGUUGAAAUGCAUGAAAAUGGAAAAAUUCGGAAAUGUCUCUGGGCCACUCUACUUAACAUCGAUCAGGGUGCAAAGCCCACUUGACAAUGCAUUUGUCAGCUGCAUAUCAACAGCAGAGAUUAAAUCUUUUUCGAAUGACCAAAUCAAGGAAAUCGAAAACAUAAUCUCCCAAUGCAAGUACGAUUUUCAAACUGUGCUUGAGCAUGUCAGGACCCUUCCUGUUUCCGAAAUCGAGAAAUGUCGCUCUUAUAAGUUUUCAGUCGAAAAUAUCAACACAGAUACAGCAUUUGAGUCAAUUUUUUCAUUUUUCUAUUAUGCAAUUAAUGAUACUGAUGUACCUAUCGACUGGAACCAAAUAAUAGCUUUUAUUGCUGAAGCUCAGAAACAUUAUAAUUCAGUACCUUAUCAUAACUGGAGACAUGCAACAGAUGCGACGCAAUUCGUUUACUACUUUGUUUCAAUGGAGCCUGUCAGUAAGAUGCUUACUUCACUUGAUAAAUUUGCUCUUCUUUUGUCCGUUAUUUGUCAUGAUCUUGAACAUAAUGGUCAUACAAACGAUUACCAUAGAAAGACAAACUCAGACUUUGCUAAGGAGUCCGGUCCAGAUUUACCACCCCUGGAAAAUCAUCACCAGAACUUAGCCAAAGUAUUAGUCAGAAAAUUCCUUACUUAUACGCUUGAUCAUCUCUCAGAAUCGAAGAAGGAUGAUCUGUUCAAGCUAAUUACAGAGAUUAUAUUCUCAACCGAUAUGAGUAAGCAUAAAUAUUUCGUUGAUAAAAUAAACGAAAACGUCGGUAAGCUCGAUUCCUCUCUUGAAUCGCAUAUUCUUGCAUGCCAAGCAAUUAUGAAGCUGGCAGACCUCUCAAAUACCUGCAGACUGUUCCAAGAUGGAGCAAAAAUGGCAAAACGUCUAACAGAAGAAUGGUACUUGCAAGGGGAUGACGAGAGGAGGCUAGGGCUUCCUAUAUCUAAGGGUAUGGAUAGGAAUAAUCCAACGCCUUUGCCAGUAGAUCAAAUAGGAUUUUACAAAUACUGUACUCUUCAGCUUUUGAUGGCUGAUCAGAAAUAUUUUGGUUGUUUCGAAGAUGUUGUUGCCCAGUUUAACUCAAAUCUUAGUACAUGGGAAAAGUUAGCCAAGGAAUUAUAA